AGGGUCUGUGAAGGGUUCACCCUGAUCUUCUCUUUUCAUUGGUGAGUCAGUGUCAGAGCUGCUUUCAGAUAAACACCUCUUUCAGACAGUUCCCAGGCAGCGGCUGGACUGAAGGAAACUUGAGGCAGAGGCCCCUCUUCUGUUGCUGUUGGAUUUGUUUUGGAGGCUGUGGUUACCUGCUUGGUGGUGCCUGCAGCAGUAGCUCUAUGCCAGCAGACGGUGACUUCCAGGGGCAUCUCUCCACUUCUCUUAAGGAGGUUCUACAACAAUGAUGAUAUAGUUGGCAUCUGCUGUUGCUUAUUUACCUGGAGAAUUUCCUGUUUCAAUCUGAUUCUGAGCGUAUUUCCUGAAAGAGAUGAAAAAAGGACCAGAAAGCGGAGCUUGUCCCCUUGCCGCUCCAGGCAAUUUAGUGGAGUCAAAUCCAGACAAUAACAGCAGCAAUGGAGCCUCGGUGAAAGAGAAAGACAUGCUUUCCUCUUCUGGAGAACUGGAAAAUGUACAGCUGAAACCCAGCAGAGAAACAUCCAGAAAAAAACUCUGUGGCUAUUUAAAUAAGCUGGGCAUCAAGGGGCCAAUUAAGACCUGGAAGUCUCGCUGGUUUUUUUACGAUGAAAACAAAUGUCAUUUACUAUACUACAGAACUGCACAGGACAUCAACCCUUUGGGGUCUAUUGAUCUCUCCAGCGCCAGCUUUGACUGCAAGGCAGAAAAUGGGGAAGGGGUUUUUGAGAUCAGAACACCAAGCAGAGUUUUUACUUUGAAGGCAAUCAGCAAACAGGCAAUGAUGUACUGGCUGCAGCAGCUACAAAUGAGACGUUGGGAAUUUUGCAACGCUCAGAGCAGAUUUCCUGUGGGCAGCUCCCAGCUUGUGAAUGAACCUCUGACUGGCAGAACAAAUGUUGUUGACAAUGAAGACUUUCUGCCUCCGGUGAAAACACCAACAGAAGCAGUGGGUUUAAAGGCAGCGUCUCUGCCUGCACCCCAAACAUCUACUGCUUUGCAGAACAUCUCACUUAAGCACCCUUGGACAGAGAUACAAAACACUGUCUACAAUAUCUGUGGCUCCAAGCAGCUCUGGGGGAACAACGGGAACGUCUUUAGCUUCAGUGAAUUCCAGCAGCAUCCUGAGAACCCAGAUGAGGAGCAAGAAGCAGAAGUGGAGGCAGGGUGUGCAGUUAAGGAGGGGAUCCCGGAGGAUGGAAGGAUGAACUGGGUUAGGAAAGCCAGAUGGAUGAACAGUGGCUUACCAGGCUUGCCUGAAGAAGUGUCCAGGGAGAGGAACCCAAUGGACAAAGUGAGUGUCCUACAGCAACAGAUCCUGACACUCACAGAGGAAGUCAAGUCACAGAAGGAGCUGGUUAAACUUCUCCAUAAAGCGCUAGAGGCAGCACAGCAGGAGAAGCGAGUAUCUAGCAUGUAUCUCACUGCAGCUGAAGAUAAGGACAGGCUGGAGCUGGUGCGCCACAAAGUGAGACAAAUCGCAGAUCUAACCAGUCGACUGGAAGCUCUUGAGCAAGAAAAGAAUGAACUGGAGCAGAUAUUGACUUUGAGAGACAGCCACAUCCAGGAACUCAAGGAGCACGUGCAGCUUCUGAUGGAGAAGAACCAUGCCAAACAGGAAGUCAUCAUGACCUUGACAGAGCAGAUGGCCCGAGAGCUGUCUGACCCCCUGAAAGAAGCCAACACUAUCACUGCAGAGACAUUGUAUAAGCAGCAGGAGGAGAUUGAGCACCUGAAGGAUGAUAUUGAUGCAUACAAAACCCAGAACCAAUUUCUCAACUCGGAGAUCCACCAGGUUACUCGACUCUGGACAAGUGUUGCUGAGAAUGAAAAAGCCCUUCUGAUGAAGUGUGCCUGCCUGCAAGCACGAAACUGCCAGAUGGAGAGCAAAUACCUGACAGUCUUGCGGAAGCUGCAGGAAGCUGUGCCUGGCCUGCCCAGCUCCCAUGCUGAGUUGGUGAGGAACCUCAUCCAGGAAGCACUCCAGUGGGAUGUGAAGGAAGAAGCAGAAGAAGGUUUUAACCUGAACCCUGUAAGUGAGUAUGAUGAGUAUGGAUUUAUGACUGUACCUGACUAUGAAGUUGAGGACUGGAAACUUCUGGCCAAAAUCCAAGCCCUGGAGAUAAAGUCAAACAACCUGCGGAGCCAGGAAGUAGUGGAGAAGCCCCUCCGUGACAGGUGGAACAGCGUUGGAGAGCUGAGCCCCUCUGCAGAGCUGAAAAGCCUGAUCCGAAGUGGCAUUCCAGUGGAGCAUCGGCAACGGGUCUGGAGGUGGAUUGUCAGCCGGCACUGCAGCCGUCUGCCUGACCACUACCAGCGGCUGUUACGGCAGAGCAAGAGCACUGAGCACCCUGCCUGCCGGCAGAUUGAGCUUGACCUGCCCCGCACACUGACCAACAACAAACAUUUUUCCUCUCCUACCUCCCAGCUCAUCCCCAAGCUCCGGAGAGUGUUGCUGGCAUUCUCCUGGCACAAUCCUGCCAUUGGAUACUGCCAGGGACUGAACAGAUUGGCAGCUGUUGCCCUCCUGGUCCUGGAAGAUGAGGAAAGUGCUUUCUGGUGCCUAGUCCAUAUUGUGGAGAACCUAAUGCCAGCAGACUAUUACAGUGACACACUGAUAACAUCACAGGUAGAUCAGAGAGUCUUCAAAGACUUCCUGUCAGAGAAGCUGCCUCGCCUCAUGGCUCAUUUUGAGCAGUAUCGGAUUGAUGUCUCACUCAUCACCUUCAAUUGGUUUCUGGUGGCCUUUGUGGACAGCCUGGUCAGCGACAUCCUCCUGCGAGUGUGGGAUGCCUUCUUGUACGAGGGAACUAAGGUGAUUUUCCGUUAUGCUCUUGCAAUUUUUAAAUACAAUGAGGAGGAAAUCCUAAGAAUUCAUGACAGUGUGGAGAUCUACCAGUACCUACGCUUUUUCACGAGAAUGAUCAUGGAUGGCAGGAAGCUGAUGAACAUCGCCUUCAACGACUUAAACCCCUUCCCCAUGAAAGUGCUGAGGAACCGGCGGUCAAUGCACAGAGAAGAGCUGGAGGCAGAGCUGUGCGAGCUGGAACAGAUCAAGGCAGCCUAUGUAAAAGAGAGAGCAGAGCAGGGGCCUCAGGACCUGAAGGAGGUUAGUGAAGAGGAAGAAGAGAUUUAACAAAAAAAGAGUUCCUCAUCACUUCCCUCACGCCUUGCAGAAGGUCUUCAGUAGCAACUGUCUGUAAGAGAUGGAGCAGAGGGGGAAAGGUGGUCACAGCAGGAGUUCAUCUGCCAUAGGAAGCGAGACUGUCGGUAUACGACCAUUUGGGGAUGAAGCCAGACUUUGUAAUGGAUUAGAAGGUGUCAAAGGAGUUUUAUCUUCUUCUGUACUUCUCCCCAUUCAGCCCACCCUGUCCUGUGCAGUUCAGGAUUACAGCUGAAGGUCCAUGGGAAAUACCAGUUGUGGUACCAUGACAGAAGUUGACGUGGUGCAAAAGACCCAGCCAGGCAGGGCUCUUCUAUCUUUUCUGAUGGAGGCAUGAAAGAGAUCUUUAUGUACAAGUAAAAGCACUGGAAAUAAUGAACCGAGAACACUCCCUCGUUAGUACCUAAAGCUUCUGAAUUGGUCAGGAAGGAAACUGGCUCUUUGAAGGCAUGGUGCCUUCAGUGGCUAGCCUGCCAGGAGAGUGUGUGUUUAAUGUUGCAGUAACUGAGUCAUGACACUGUCUCCAGAUGAGUGUUGGGCCUGAGGAAGUCCUGGGAGCUGGACGACAUCUUCCCAUCGGACUCAGGCUGGGACAAAUGAAAUGGGUUGUGGGAGAGAGGAGUUGCCUCUCCAGUUUGUUUUGGUUCCUGUGGAAGUCCAUGGGAGCACAAGGUGUGUCUCCCUGCCUGGCUGGGAAAUGCUGGGAGUUACUUUUGCUCUUUGUUUAGCUUUGAGCCAAGCCAUCUAUGAGUUGGCCUGACCCUGUCAGCACUGUGCCUUCCAGAGGUGAGUUUGCUCCAUAGAGGAGCUUUCACCUCAGUGUGAAACCAAGUGCAGCCUGGCUGCAGGCAGAGCCAAGUUUUACGGAGAUGUUGACUGCUGGGGACACCUGGGUCUUCUGAUCGCCUCACACUCGGGCAGGGUGAGUGUGUGGCCAUCUCUCUCUGCCUCACAGUUAUGCCUCUUCUGUGCCAGGUUUCUACGUUGAUAUCCCUGUCUCUGGCUGCCAUUCGUAAUGGGAGGGAGGAGGUCUUUUCUGUAGGAAUUUCCAAUAUUGAAGGUGUUUGACCCAUGGAAUAUGGCAGUCUGGGAGUGAAUGUGCAAACCACUUGGGCUAGGUCACAAGAGACGGCUUGAUAGUCUUUAGAAAAAACAUCAGUUUCCCCUGAACCAAGGAGCUGGCCUCCAUGGGUCUAGCACAGAGAGAUUCCCUGCCUACCUCUGCAGUUGGCGUCUGAUAGCCUUCUACCUGUCUCCCAGGCUUGCCCAUCCACUGGACUGGAUGCCCUGCCUAUGCAGCUCAGUCCUCCGCAGACCCAGGACGAGUCAAGUGCUUCAGAUAAAAUACAGCUUCUUUACCCCAACGUGGUGCCAGAUCCUGCUGCUCCGCUUUCUGGCUGAGUGGUGCUUUAUUCCAGGUGUGCCUGCACUGACACUGGCUGGCACUGACAGCAUGCAGCAGACCUGCUGUAAGGGGGCUCUGCUCUACUUUUUUUAGACUGACCUUGAGCCCAAGCCUGUCCAGUGGAUGACACCUCCUUUAAACCUCUUGUGGUAUAAAGUUGUCAGUGCUUGCAGAGGAAGGGAAAAGAAGCAUUCAUAGCCCAUACUGUUCUGAGCCAGGUGAGCCAUAGCCCAAGAUCACAGACUCUAGUGGAAGAGGCACCAGCCUCUAUUCGCCUGAGACACGUGGUCUGCCUCAGCUCUGCCUUAGGCACAACUGGACAAAUCAGCC